UAUUACAGACAACAUCAAUGUCUCAGAAUAUGUAGCUAGAACAAUCCCCCCGUCUCUCUCUCUCUCUCUCUCUCUCUCUCUCUUUCGCUUCGGACAAGAACAACAACAAGAAGAACAGAAGGAAUGUCGAUCCAUAUUAGACAAAUUGCUUGAUCCGUAUAUACGAAUUACGCAUAUUUAUUGUGCUGAGGAAGAAGAAGAAGAAGAAGGGGACGACAGAGAGUAUAUAUGGGAGGAGUCACUUCGUCCAUGGCGGCCAAGUUGGCCUUCUUUCCGCCCAGUCCACCGUCUUACAAGCUCAUUUCUGACAACUCCACUGGCCUCUUGCUCUUGGACCCUUUUCCCCAUCGGGAAAAUAUUGAAAUCCUUAAACUUCCCACUCGCCGCGGCACUGAGAUCGUGGCUGCUUACGUUCGCUAUCCUAUGGCUUCUUCUACUCUGCUCUAUUCUCAUGGAAACGCUGCGGAUAUUGGCCAGAUGUACGAACUUUUCAUCGAGCUCAGCAUUAACCUAAAAGUCAAUCUUCUAGGGUAUGAUUAUUCAGGCUAUGGGCAGUCAUCUGGAAAGCCAAGCGAGCAUAAUACCUAUGCUGACAUAGAAGCUGCGUAUAAGUGUCUUGAGGAGAACUUUGGUGCUAAGCAAGAAGAGGUGAUCCUCUAUGGACAAUCUGUGGGAAGUGGCCCUACUUUGGACCUUGCGUCUCGGUUACCUAAAUUAAGAGCUGUUAUCUUACACAGUCCUAUAUUAUCUGGUUUGAGGGUCAUGUAUCCUGUCAAGCGAACCUAUUGGUUCGAUAUCUACAAGAACAUUGACAAAAUACCGUUGGUGAAGUGUCCUGUCUUAAUUGCCCACGGAACUGCUGACGAUGUUGUGGACUGUUCUCAUGGUAAACAACUAUGGGAAUUGUGUCAGGAAAAAUAUGAACCUUUGUGGAUCAAAGGAGGCAACCACUGUGACUUAGAAUUGUACCCAGAUUACAUUCGGCAUGUGAAGAAGUUUGUAACGUUUGUGGAGAAGCCUCCUUCACAUAGGAUGAUGAUGAGUUCGAGGAAAAGCAUAGACAGGCCGGAACAUUCUAGAAAGAGUACAGAUUGCUAUGAAGCUCCAAGGAAGAGCAUGGACAACAGGAGGGAGAAACCAAGGAAAAGCAUUGAUAGGUCAGAGAAAAUGAAAUUUCAUGAAUUCAUAUUUGAGAAUAAUAACGAAAAGCCUGCAAAAUCGAAGAUGGGGUUUGAACGAAUGGAGAGGUCGCGAAAGAGCAUGGAGUACCAUGAGAAAUCACGGAAGAGCAUGGACCAGCAGAUGGAAAGGGCGAGGAAGAGUGUUGAUUGGUUGGAUAGAAUAAGGGUCGUGUGAGCCAAAUUACCAUUGCCAUUGCUACAAGAUUAUAAUAUUGGAUUGGAAAGGGAGAAAGGGUUUGAUCUUCAGCAUAUUUUGGGUAAUUAUUCAUUUCAUUGCUGGUCCUGUUUCAUUGUUAUGUGAUGAUGUGAUGUUUACUAAUGUUGUUAAAAAAUGUUUUCAUUGUAAACUGUAUUUAGAUAACAUCUAUUAAAUCAAACCAAGAAAUGCAAAGUUGUGACUAGUUUAACAUGAUAAAUUGGAUGGAUAUAUAUGGUAAAGUGUGAUGAAGAAUUUUCAAGCAU